AGAUUGAAAUUCAAUUGGUUAGAAAUGUGGCAAGCAGAUACCUGUUUACAGAUCCAAAUUGCAUUCAAUCAGGACUGAACACAAGCUGCCUGGAUAGAUCCUGUAGUUGCAGCAGUGCAGAAUGGCUGACCUCAGUCUUGCAGAUGCAUUGACAGAGCCAUCUCCGGAAAUUGAGGGAGAGAUAAAGCGGGACUUUAUUGCCACCCUGGAGGCAGAAGCCUAUGAUGAUGUUGUGGGAGAAACUGUUGGAAAAACAGACUAUAUUCCUCUCCUGGAUGGUGAUGAGAAAACUGGGAACUCAGAGUCAAGGAAGAAACCAUGCUCAGAGACUAACCAGGUUGAAGAUACUUCAUCUUCUAAAUCAACAGUCCUAGCCAACGGUGAUCACGGAAUAGAAGGGAACGAUGCUACAGGAUCACAAACUAAAUUCCUUGAAGAGGAAAUAGCCUACCAGGAAUAUCAAAACAGCCAGAACUGGCCAGAAGAUACCAACUUUUGUUUCCAGCCGGAGCAAGUAGUUAAUCCUAUGCAGACUGAUCCCUUUAAGAUGUACCAUGAUGAUGGCCUGGCAGAUAUGGUCUUUUUCUCCAGUGGAGCAACUGAUACUUCAGCAUUUACAGGACAGAAUGAUCCCCUGACAGACUCUUAUGGUAUGCCUCCCUAUGACACAUUUGCUCCUGCGGCUGUUAUGUAUCAGGGAUGGUCUUUGGAAGACCCCAACUCUCCAUACUCAGAGUCUUUUGUCUCCCCAGAGGCCAUUACAGAACCUCUCCAGCUGACAGCAGAUCUGGCCAAGGAAGUCGACAUUACAUCAGAAGAAGAGGGGCCACCAACACAAACAUCGGAAAUAAUGAUGGGAUUGAAGACUACUGACAUGGUACCAUCUAGAGAAACAGAGGUGGCCCUCACCAAGGACAUGGCACCAGCCACCAAAAUAGACACGGCAUUAGCUGAAGUUAUGGAGCCAUUCACCAAAUUCGAUGUGACACUGGAAAAGGACAUGCAGCCAUCCAUGGAAUCAGAUAAGUCCCUAGUCAAGGACACAGUACUACCCACAGAAACAGAGUUGGCCCCAGUUAAGGAUGCCACAUGGCCCAUAGAAACAGAUGUGUCUUCAGCCAAGAAUGUGGUCCUACCUAUAGAAACAGAGGUAGCACCAUCCAAAGAUGUGACACUGUUCAAUGAAACAGAGAAGGUAUCACCUAUAAAAAUGGUGUUGGCCACACCUGAGGACAUGGUGCCACCUAAAGAAAGAGAGAUAGCUGCACCCAAGGGUGUGGUAUCACUCUCAGAAAUAGAGAUGGCACUGAGUAAGGACAUUGUAUCAUCCACAGAAAUAUCCUCAGCCAAGGAGGUGGCCCUGUCCUCGAAGACAGAGGUAGUCCAGGCCAGGGACAUGACACUGCUUCCAGAAGCAGAGGUGACCCCAAUCAAAGACAUGGCUCAACUCCCAGAAACAGGAAUGAUCCUAGGCAAGGAUAUGGCUCUGUCCGCAGAAAAAGAGGUGGCCUUGUUCAAGGACAUGACUCCACCCUCAGAAACAGAAAUGACUCUGAGCAAGGAUGUGCCUCCAUCCCCCAAAACAGAGAUGACCCAGGCCAAGGAUGCAACUUCACCCCCACAAACAGAAGUAGCCCCCAUCAAGGACAUAUGUCUGCCUCCAACAGAGGUGGCCCUGGCUAAGGAUAUGGCUCUGCUUCCUGGAAACGAGGUGACCCCCAUCAACAGUGUGACUCCAGCCAAGGAUGUUGCACCACGCUCAGAAACAGUGGUGGCACCAGUACCAGUUAAAGACAUGAAAAUUGCACAGACACAGAAAGGAAUAAGUGAUGAUUCCCAUUUAGAAUCGCCCCAGGAUGAGAAGCAGUCAGCUGCAUCUGCUUUCACUAUUUCACCAGAACCAUUCACAAGCACAGACCAAAAGUUCAACUUGCCAACAGAUGAAGCUUCUGUGUUAGAAAAACUGGAGCAAAAGAAACCAUUCAGCAGUCAGCCUUCUGAACUUUUUUCAGAGACCUCAGGAAUAGCAAGGCCAGAAGAAGGAAAGCCUACUGUGAGUAUAACCGGAAAUGACAUCACCAUCCCACCAAACAAGGAGCUCCCACCAAGCCCAGAGAAGAAAACAAAGCCUCUGGCCACCACUCAACCUGCAAAGACUUCAACAUCGAAAGCCAAAACACAGCCCACUCCUCUCCCUAAGCAGCCAGCUCCCACCACCCCAGGUGUGUCGAAUAAAAAACCCAUGAGCCUUGCCUCAGGCUCAGCACCAGCUGCCCCACCCAAACGCCCUGCUGCCGCCACUACCAGGCCUUCCAUCUUACCUUCAAAAGACGUGAAGCCAAAGCCUGUUGCAGAAGCAAAGGCUUCUGAGAAGCGGGCCUCACCAACGAAACUGGCUUCUGCCCCGGCCCCCAGACCUGGAUCCAAGAGCACUCAGGCUAUUCCAAAAGCCACAACAGCUGCCGCUGUUGCCUCAACUGGGCCAAGCAGUAGAAACCCCCCUACAUCCGUACCCAAGAGGCCCACUGCCCUUAAGACUGAAGGAAAACCUGCAGAAGUCAAGAAGAUGACUGCAAAGUCUGUACCAGCUGACUUGAAUCGCUCAAAGAGCACCUCCACCGGUUCCGUGAAGAAAAACACCACUCUCAGUGGAGCAUCGCCCCCUGCAGGGGUGAUUCCCACUCGGGGCAAGCCAGCACCCAUCCCUUCCCGGCCUUCCACAUCUCCUUCCGUGGAUAAAAAGCCCACCUCGGCCAAGCCCAGCUCCACCGCUCCCAGGCUGAGCCGCCUGACCACCAACACUUCUGCCCCUGAUCUGAAGAAUGUCCGCUCCAAGAUUGGCUCCACAGAAAACAUCAAGCACCAGCCGGGAGGAGGCCGGGCCAAAGUAGAGAAAAAAACAGAGGCAGCUGCUACAACUCGAAAGCCUGAAUCUAAUGCAGUCACUAAAACAGCCGGCCCAAUUGCAAGUGCACAGAAAUCAUCGGCUGGGAAAGUCCAGAUAGUCUCCAAAAAAGUGAGCUACAGCCAUAUUCAGUCCAAGUGUGGUUCCAAGGACAAUAUUAAGCAUGUCCCUGGAGGUGGUAAUGUCCAGAUUCAGAACAAGAAAGUGGACAUCUCCAAGGUCUCCUCCAAGUGCGGGUCCAAGGCUAACAUCAAGCACAAGCCUGGUGGAGGAGAUGUCAAGAUUGAAAGCCAGAAACUGAACUUCAAGGAAAAGGCCCAGGCGAAGGUGGGAUCCCUCGAUAAUGUGGGCCACCUACCUGCCGGAGGCGCGGUGAAGACUGAGGGCGGUGGCAGCGAGGCCCUUCCGUGUCCGGGCCCCCCUGCUGGGGAGGAGCCGGCCAUCUCUGAGGCAGCGCCUGAAGCUGGUGCCCCCACUUCAGCCAGUGGCCUCAGUGGCCACACCACCCCGUCAGGGGGUGGUGACCAAAGGGAGGCCCAGACCUUGGACAGCCAGAUCCAGGAGACAAGCAUCUAAUGAUGACAUUCUGGUCUCGUCUUCCGUCUCCCCUGUGUUCCCUCUUGUCUCCCCGCCACCCCUCCCUUCCCUCUUCCCGUGUCACUGCAGAUUGAGACCUACAGGCUGACGUUCCGGGCAAACGCCAGGGCCCGCACCGACCACGGGGCCGACAUUGUCUCCCGCCCUCCCCACUUCCCUGGCGGCCCCGGCUUGGGCUCCCGGGCCCUUGGCCCCCUUCCCCGGGCUGUCCACUAGACCAGUGAGCGCUUGGGCGCUGGGCAGCCCGCUAGGCUCCCCUCCCUCCUGCUUCACUUGCCCAGGGCAGCAGCAGUCCCGCCCCACACCUCUUCCUACUGCCAGCCCCAGGCCCAGCUCCCUGCUUCGCUCUCACCGUCACGCCGAAGGGGUCGGCAGGGGAAUCGGGCGGGGGAGGCUAAGUUGGGAUCUAGGAGGGAGAACCGGAUUCCAGCCUCCUCUGCGUUUGGUGUUUUGGACCAAACGCAAAAGAAACUGACAUGCCCUGUCUCCGCCCUGGGUCUACCUGGAGGGAAGCGUGGAGGUGGAUUCCGAGUGGUGACUGGAUGCUGACCGCGCCCCCUGGACCUGCUAAGCCACUGCCUCUCCCUUUGACCCCACAAUGGCCCCUGCCACGCAGGUGGCAUCAGGCCCUUCCCGCUGCCCUGCCCCAAGCUAGUGAAGGGUCAGUGCUGCCCGUCCCUGCUGCUUACCAUACCUGCCUCGCUGCUGUCACACUUCUUUUUCUUGUUUUAUCCUUUUUUUCCUCAUAACCUAGAAACUGGUGGAAUAGUUUUGCAAGUUGAAGCCAUGUCUAAGUGAAAGGCCUCAGUAGGUGUCCAAGGAGACAGGGAGGGGAGAUCCUGAAGCCUCCACCCAGGAGGAUGUCGUUGGGGGCUGCCUGGCUUGGGCCGCUGCAGGCCCUGGAGGUGGUGUGGGCAGGAAAGUGAGGUGCGGGGGCUGCGGCUGGUGAGCAGAUCCGGCACGUGAGGGCUGGUCACGGUGUGGACUGGUGGUUUGGCAUUUUGUGUGUAUGCGGCUUUGCUUUUCUAACCAAGAGGCCUGUUUGGGCAUCUCUCUCUGUCCCAUCCCCUGGGAUCUGGUGGCCAGCCUGGGAUAGAGGGUCAGGCGUAGGGACACAGGAAAGGGCCCAAGGUCAAUCCUUCGGGCCUGCUGCAGCCUAGGACACUCCAGCUCUUGUGUCCAGAGAAGCAAGAUGUCCAGAACUCAUGUGGAGAGUGGGGAAUCAGGUCUGGAAAUUAAAGCAAAACGAGGCACGAGACUAGGGCCAUUCGCUUCCCCUCUAGCCUGGUGAGGGAGGAGAGGGGAGGCUGCCUGCGGAGGGGCAUCCCAGCGAGGCCAGGCCUUGGGAUGGCUGCAAUGAGGAGAAGUCCUGGGAACUGUAUUGACACAAAGAUUCUUAUUGCACUUGUAUUUUUUGUAUUAAAGUUUGCAUGGUUUCUAAUAAAGGAUUAAAACCUAAGCUUGUAGUGAAUGGCCUGGAGUUUGCGAGGGCUUCCCUGGAGGGGCAUUUGCUGCAGUGCAGAUUUGCCUCUGAGGAGGCUGCCUCAGACUCGGCCCGGGCCUCCCGCACCCUUUGCCCCUCUGCUCCUGGUGUCCCCUGGAGCUGAAGAGAGUAAGGGUCUACCUAGCUUCAGAUUUUGUUUGCAGGUGCAGGGAGGGCAUGCCUGGGCCUGACACACCCUGCCCUUUUCUGAGGCAGCAGUUUUUCCUGGGGAGCUUUGAUGCCAUGGCCCCGGCUCCCCAAGCACGCACCGAGAGAGGAGGGGCCUUGUGGGGAAGGUGCUGCCCAAGCCGGAGGACCAGUUCUCCUCAGACAGUCUGCAGAUGCUUCAGCCGUGCCCGGGAUGUCAGGGUGCCGGUCUUCGUCAGGAGGGAGGGGCAAGAUGAAACCGGGAGAAGCAGGCAAUGGGGGUUGGGUGGCAAGGCAACGCAGCAGGGAUGACACACAGGGCUCAAGGUACCUGCUGUCCUCCCUCUGUUGAUGCUGAGGCUGACAACAGGCUCUCAGUCCUUUUUCUCCUUUGGCCCAGGGCUCUGGGGAAGGGGGUGAUCCCAGGAGAACACUCUCUAGGUGGGCAGCAGGAAUGGUCAGCAUUCCUAGGGGUUGUCUGGUCACAGCUCCCUGGAAGGUCCCCAUGUGUCAGAGAAUCUGAGAAGGCUGGCCUGACAGGUGGGGACCAGCAGCCCCCAUGUCAGCCACAUGUGCUACUCUGCAGCCAUUUGGGGUGGGACACUUCUGUACUUCCCAGUUUGCUUGUGGCUCAGCCAUUGCCUGUGUCAGUCUGUGAUUGUUGUAACAAUUUCAAAUAAAUAAAGCUGCCUGAUGUCCCACCACCCA